AUUAAGCUUACCAGAUAGGCCCAUACAUACUACAUCUGCAUUAAGGCUUAGUAGGCAAUGCAAAACACUAACACAGAUCACAAGCACAAAGUCCAAAGAACAGUUGUAUUACACUGAGAAAGUCUUUGAUAUAAGUUUGAGUAAGUAUAGGGUAGGAUAUUGGACAGUCCUGUGACUAUCGCAUGCAAGUAGGGUGCCAUUGCUAUGUGUUGAUUCCCAGAGAUGGAAGCAGCAGCGACUGCACAGACCAGCAGCAGCAGAGCCACCUCAGGCAUCAUUGCUGGGCCAUCAAGUCUGUUACAUACAGAAACAGGAUCACAAAAGAACAGAGUAUGAUAUAUCACAAAUGGAAUAGGCCAAAAGAAGAGUGGACUGGCUUUUUUCAUUACUUUGCACCUGAAAAGGGAAUUACUGUUGAUUUUGUUCGUGCAUUACAAAAACCAUUAAACUUCUCUCCUAAAGCACUUAAGACAUGGUAUAACAAAUUACAAGAUACAAAGGCGGUAAUCGAUCAAAGAUAUAUUGAAGAGCGUGUUACUGCUCUUGGAUGUGAACUAGCAGCUGCUCAUUUCAUAGUGCACAGAGGAGGGAAGAUACUUCAGAAAGGAUCAAAUGAAUGGAUUGAAAAGGACAAAGAUGAGGAAUAUUGUCUACCUCGCCAUUUCACACCAGACUUUUUCGUGGAAUGCAUCGAUGCAUCUGGAACUCAGCUUCGAUAUGAAGGAUUGGAAUGCAUGGGUAAUUUGGAAUAUCUGAAGUGGCUGAAUCUUGCAAACUGUGCAUUUAUUGAUGAUUGGUGCGUUGACCGAAUAUGUGGUCAGUUUGCCAACAGUUUGGAGUACCUGAACUUAAGUAACUGUACCAGCAUAUCUGAACGGGGAUUUGCUGCACUAGCAAGAUUGAAGAAGCUGAAGACUUUGGAUGUAACAGGACUUCACAAUAUUAACAAUGUACAAUUGUUGUGUUUGCUAAUUGAAGAUGUAAUUCCAGAUAUAAAUAUAAUUGGAAUUAAUUAUAUGGAACUUCCAUCAUCAGCAGGGGAGCAGAUUUAGUUCAGUACCUUAAGUUCUGUAAUGUCAGUAAUUGUACAUAGCAUUCCUUAUGUUUAUUAAAUUUUGAAAUACAUAUAAAGAACAGCUCA